AUGGACCCCAUAAGCUCAGAGAUCACCAUUAAAGAGGAACCAAUCUUAAAACCCGAGCCCCCCGAGCUCCAAGCCGAGCAUUUCCCCUUCAAGUGGACCCCCGACGGUUUCAGGUGCCCCUCUUGCCCCUUCAAAACGAAAAUCGACGGUUUUCUCCUCAACCACAUUGAGAAAAAACAUCCCGAGAUCAACUUCAAGCGCGAAAAAACCUUUAAAUGUGGCCACUGCUCCUACCAGACUGAACACAAGUCGCAUUUCGCGUCCCACGUUUUGAAGAAGCACACCCCUGAGGCCCCCUUGCGCUGUCAGCAGUGCCCCUACAUGGCCAGGACGGAAAAGGGCCUCCUGAAGCACCAAACCAGGCACGAGGCCACUCACCUAUGCCCCCAUUGUGACUACGUUGGCAAAACGUAUAUUUUACUGAAAGUGCAUCUCAAUUAUAAACACAGUGAGUGGCUCAAAUGUGACCUUUGCGAAUUUAAAACAAAAUCCAAGCGGAAAUUGACCAACCACCUGAUUAAAGUGCAUGAAAUGGGGUUUAAUAGGUGUGACCAGUGCCCCUACAAGGGGGCGACCGGGUCGGACUUGAGGGUGCACCAAGAGAAGGAGCAUUCGGAGUACCCGUGCCCCCAUUGCGACUUUAAGUCCAAGUACAAGUCGGGGGUUAGUCGGCACUGCUUUUACAAACAUACGUCGUUUGAUGAAAUCAAGUGGUUGGAGUGUGACAAGUGCCCCUUUAAGGCCAAAUCCGAGACAUUUCUUAAAGUUCACGUUAUUAAUCAACACACGGGGGCGAAAGAGUGA